AUGGCAAAGGCCGAUGCUUCUGAGGCCAUCCUUGUGGCAGCCCAAGGGGCCGAGGUGGACAAACGCGAAUCCCUCCAGGUGAUUUUGGCGCGCCUGGAUGCUUCAAAGAGCCAGACGCUUCUCUCUGGACAAUGGCUUGAGGAGCCCUGUCAGAUGGCCAGUGAUGGCUUCACACACUGCAGGAUUGCACGUUUUCUGGCGGGCAAGGACGGUGAAGUCCCGGCAGGUCCGGCGAGCUGUUCACCCGAAGCCCUUCGGUCCAGGCAGAUCGAAGGGGAACUUCUUCCAGACUUCAGGUCACUUGCCGCAUCGAGACUUGGAUUCCUGGGAGCAGCAGAAAGCGAUCAUGCCCGAACGCAGCUGGAGCCAAUCUGCGAUGUCCUGUGUGCGGUCGACCAUGGGGCGCUCAGUGCUUUCACAUGGUGA